GGGAGAGCGUGGAGGAGAACGCCAACGUGGUGGUGCGGCUGCUCAUCCGGCGCCCCGAGUGCUUCGGGCCGGCGCUGCGCGGGGAGAGCGUGGAGGAGAACGCCAACGUGGUGGUGCGGCUGCUCAUCCGGCGCCCCGAGUGCUUCGGGCCGGCGCUGCGCGGCGAGGGCGGCAGCGGGCUGCUGGCCGCCAUCGAGGACGCCAUCAAGAUCUCCGAGGACCCGGCGCGCGACGGCCCCACCGUCAAGAAGGACCGGAGGAGGGAGCUGUUUGGCGCCGAGGAGGCGCACGAGGAGAACCGCGUGCACCUGGGCAACGCCAUCAUGUCCUUCUACGCCGCCCUCAUCGACCUGCUGGGCCGCUGCGCCCCGGAGAUGCACCUCAUCCAGGCUGGCAAGGGAGAGGCGCUGCGGAUCCGGGCCAUCCUGCGCUCCCUGGUGCCCCUCGACGACCUCGUGGGCAUCAUCAGCCUCCCGCUGCAGAUCCCGGCCUUCGGCAAAGACGGGAACAUCGUGGAGCCCCGCAUGUCGGCCAGCUUCGUGCCCGACCACAAGGCGCCCAUGGUGCUCUUCCUGGACCGCGUCUACGGCAUCGAGACGCAGGAUUUCCUCCUGCACGUGCUCGAGGUGGGAUUCCUGCCCGACAUGCGGGCGGCCGCCUCGCUGGACACGACGUGGGGUCCUUGA